UGUACAGCAUGCGCUUACAAUAACAAGAGCUUGACCGUUCACCGACGGUUCUGCCGACUUUCGACAUCCACGACGCCAUCUUCUUCCUCCUCCUCCUGUCCUGGGAUUAACCAGGCGGUAUUUCCUUCAAACAGCCCGGAGCCCAGCGAGCCGACGAUGAGCGGAACCAAAGCCCGCGGCGACGCGCCUGUUGCUGAAAACGUCUCGGAGCGCAGCGCCGCCGUUCCUGCGCGGGACCGCAAGGCCGGCGGAGGGGUUCUGAAGAGGCUCAAGUCCCGGAGGAGCCAGGCGGACAGCAGGCCCGUCACGGAGGAGGACCUGCGGACCCAGAGCGGACCCAUCACCCCGGAGGACGUGCUGGGGCUGCGGCUGGCUGCCCGAGGUUACCUCUGUAAACCCCAGGACAACAUUUAUAACAUUGACUUUGUGCGCUUUAAGAUCCGAGACCUGGAAUCAGGCACUCUCCUGUUUGAGAUCGCUAAACCACCACAUCCAGAGGAUGAGGAGGAGAACAGAGAGGCAGAUGCCAGCGCGGGUCGAUUCGUACGCUACCAGUUCACCCCGGCCUUCCUGCGCCUGAGAACCGUGGGAGCCACGGUAGAAUUCACCGUCGGAAACCGGCCCCUGAACAACCUGCGCAUGAUCGAGCGGCACUACUUCCGGGAUCACCUGCUGAAGAGCUUCGACUUCGACUUUGGCUUCUGUAUCCCAAACAGCCGCAACACCUGCGAGCACAUCUACGAGUUCCCUCAGCUGUCGGAGAGCCUGGUGCGUCAGAUGGUGGAGUGUCCUUAUGAGACCCGAUCAGACAGCUUCUAUUUUGUGGAGAACAGACUGGUAAUGCACAACAAGGCCGACUAUGCCUAUAAUGGAGGGCAGUGAUGUCUACACACACACACACACACACACACACACACACACACACACACACACACACACACACACACACACACACACACACACACACA